CCUUCGGCUUGUGGGAUGUUUCCGGUUGGCUGACACCUCAUUACAGUCCCAGGAUGAUUCGGAACGGUCACGGCGGCCCCGCCCAGGAGCAGACGUUAUCCCGGAGGACCGUGCGGGUGUGGUGCGAUGGAUGCUAUGAUAUGGUACAUUAUGGACACUCCAACCAGCUGCGCCAGGCCCGGGCCAUGGGCGAUUACCUGAUUGUGGGCGUGCACACAGACGAGGAGAUCUCCCGGCACAAGGGCCCACCGGUCUUCACGCAGGAGGAACGCUACAAGAUGGUGCGAGCCAUUAAGUGGGUGGAUGAGAUCGUCCCCGCAGCGCCCUACGUCACCACCUUGGAAACCCUGGACAAGUAUAACUGUGACUUCUGCGUCCAUGGAAAUGACAUCACCCUGACUGUAGACGGUAAGGACACGUACGAAGAGGUGAAGAACGCCGGGCGAUACAGGGAAUGCCAGCGCACGCAGGGGGUGUCCACGACUGACCUGGUGGGACGUAUGCUGCUCAUGACCAAAGCCCAUCACAGUGUAGUGAACAAUGAAGCCACACAAGAUUUUAAGCGCCACCAAGACAACUUUGGUAAGGACCCCAAGGGGCACAGUCCAUGGACCGGAGUCUCCCAGUUCCUUCAGACGUCACAGAAGAUCAUGCAGUUCGCCUCGGGGAAGGAGCCACAACCAGGAGACUCCAUCAUAUAUGUGGCCGGAGCCUUCGAUCUCUUCCAUAUCGGCCACAUAGACUUCCUGGACAAGGUCCACAGCCUGGCCGAGAAGCCGUACGUUAUCGUGGGAUUGCAUUUUGACCAGGAAGUCAAUCACUACAAGAGAAAGAAUUACCCCAUCAUGAACAUCCACGAGAGGACGCUCAGCGUUUUGGCCUGCAGGUACGUCUCAGAAGUAGUUAUCGGAGCACCCUAUUCGGUCACUUCUGAUCUUCUGGAUCAUUUCAAGGUUGACCUAGUUUGUCACGGCAAGACGGAAGUUCUACCAGAUAAGGACGGAUCUGACCCCUAUGCGGAGCCGAAGCGCCGUGGAAUAUUCCGGGCGAUAGACAGCGGGAGCAGCCUCACCACCGAUGACAUCGUGCAGAGGAUUAUCAAAAACAGGUUGGAGUAUGAAGCUCGCAAUCAGAAGAAGGAAGCCAAGGAGCUGGCGGUCCUGGAGGCCCAGCAGAGGCGAGAGCGGAUUGUAGAGGGGCAAGAAGACUGAACCGCCCCCUAUCAUCAUUCACACUACUACCCUCAUCAUCUGUCAUAUACAGAAUCCUCUCCAGUAGGUGGCGCUCUGGCCGUAACAAGUCAUAUCUGUCAGCUCACCCUUAUGUACAAACUAUAUACCGGUUCCCUCAGUAAUUUAUUAUUAAAUCCAUCAGAAAAAGUUUCAUUUAUACCUAUAAGAGCCGGUAUCUUUUAUCUUGUUUUUAUUAGCAUGCAAUGCCACUGCCAGUCCACUGGGGGCAGUCAAGAGGGGAAUAGAUGACAAAUACCCGUAAUUCGGUGCCACGGCUCUUUAAAUGUACAAAGAUAAGGAAUGGUUUCCUAUUUUAAGAUGGUCUAUGAGAGUGGUCUCUAAUCAGGGUGCCUCCAGCUGUUGCAAAACUACAACUCCCAGCAUGCCCGGACAGCCGUUGGCUGUCUGGGCAUGCUGGGAGUUGUAGUUUUGCAACAGCUGGAGGUGCACGGUUUGGAGACCGCCCGGUCUAUAUGUUAUACCACCGCUCCUAUGAUUCCUAAUUCAGGGAGAGGGGCAGCACCACUUGGGUCCCUAAAUCUGACAAAGCGAUAUGUCUUUUCUUACUGCUUAAAGGGGUACUCCAGUCCUCCAGCCCGCAUGGAGUGGCGCUGUUUUUGUUCUUCUUGUUUUGCAAAAACAGCUCCACUCCUGUCCACAGGUCUGUGUGUGUGGUACUGCAGCUCAGUCCUAUUCACUUUAAUGGAGCUGAGCUGCAAUACCAGACACAGCCUGUGGACAGGAGUGGCGCUGUUUUUGCAAAAAAAAAAAAUUUUUAAAUUAAAACAGCGCCACUCCUGUUCUCAGGCUGUUUCCGGUAUUGCAGCUUAGGUCUACUGAAGUCAAUAGGACUGAGCUGCAAUACCAGACCC